CUUCCGAGGUUGAUCGAGAAGUGGUAGAAGAUCAUCCCUUCUACGUGGAAGAUCAGAUUGGAGGAACGACUUUGUGAUGUUGGGAUGUCAUUGCUGACGUAUUUUGAAUCGCUUCCAGGUUAUGCUGGAUUGUUGCCGAUUUCGGAUAAACCCGAUGCCAGCGAGUUGUACUUUUGGUUCUUCCCAUCGACUAAUCCUCUGGCCAAGGACGAGAUUGUCAUCUGGCUUAACGGAGGACCCGGCUGCAGCAGUCUGGAAGGACUUCUCCAGGAGAAUGGUCCUUUCCUUUGGCAACCAGGCACUUACAAGCCUUACAAAAAUCCGUGGUCAUGGAACACUUUGAGCAAUGUCGUGUGGGUUGAGCAACCUGCCGGGACCGGCUUCAGUCAGAAGAAGGGCACGCCCAGUGCCACAAACGAAAUCGAGGUGGCUGCACAGUUCUUAGGGUUCUGGAAGAACCUGAUUGAUACCUUCUCGUUACAAGGCAAGAAGAUCUACAUCACAGGCGAGUCUUACGCGGGAUAUUAUGUCCCAUACAUCGCCGAUGCCAUGCACAACAAAACCGACAAGACCUACUACAACAUCAAAUCCACGCUGAUGUACGACCCCGUCACGAGCUAUGACAAUGUCCAGCAGGAUGUCGUGGUGGCGCCAUUCGUCGACUCCUGGGCAGGUCUGUUCAACCUGAACGCAUCCUUCACCUCUUACCUCCACAAACAGCACAAGGCUUGCGGCUACGAAGACUUCCUCGCCAAAUCACUCGUCUUUCCUCCCAAGGGCCCUCUUCCCUCUCCACCCAACAGCUCAGUCCCCGGCUGCGGUCUCUUCAACGACGUUUUCAGCGCCGUCACCCUGACGAACCCCUGCUUCAACAUCUACCAAGUCUCCGUCAUCUGCCCCUUGCAAUGGGACGUGCUCGGCUUCCCAGGCUCCUUCGAUUUCCUACCCCCGGGCACAACCGAAUACUUCAACCGCCCGGACGUCCAACGCGCCAUCAACGCGCCCGCGCAGAAGUGGGCCGAAUGCUCCUCCGGCGUCCUCGACACCGACACCUCCCCACCCUCCGGCCUCUCCGUCCUCCCCCGCGUCAUCGAGAAGAACACCCGCACCGUCAUCGCCCACGGCGACCUCGACAUGGUCCUCAUCAAGAACGGCACCAUCGCCAGCAUCCAGAACAUGACCUUCAAUGGCGCCCAGGGUUUCUCCACCCCGCCGACGAAGUGGAAGGACUUUUACGUCCCGUAUCACGCCGAGCCCGGCGGACCGCAGACUGCGGGUGGAAGCGGCGUGGCCGGGAAGUGGAACACGGAGCGAGGGCUGACGUUUUCGUCGAUUGCGCUCUCUGGCCACAUGGUUCCGCAAUUCGCGCCCACCGCCGCAUACCGCCAGCUCGAAUUCCUUCUGGGACGGAUCGACAACCUCGGCGUCGUGUCUGAUUUCACGACGCAGAAGGGCAAUUUCGGGAAUAACAAAUAAACGAGGACGAGAAAAGGCAAACGAGGAGGAGAAAGAGAUGAGAGGAGGAGUCCGUCCGGAGAUCUCUGGACCACGUAUGAACAUCUACGUCAAAAAAUAGGAGAAAUAACAUCGACAAGAUUUUAGAUAUCCAUCAGAUUUUAGAUAUCGACGAGGAUAAUCGAUCUAUCUUCGUUUGUUCAUCCUUCUACGUCGUCUCGAACCCGCAGCAGUCUGACUACACCUACACCUGCGGUUGGUGGAGUGAUCCCCCCAUCCGGUCGAAAUACCCUUAGGGUUGCGGUAAGCCCAACUCGACCGAACUUUGUCCCGGGGCUUGGGGUUGCGGCUUUUGACCGCGGAGUGCGCUGACUUGACGUGUUGUUUCUCUUGUCGAUUAGUGAGUGAAUGGAUACAGAAUGAGUUAAUGCAUAGGACUUCGGGUGAGAUUCAUAACUUCUUCUGAUUAUCGCGAGUCUAAUGAUAUAUCUCUUUCCGUCGC